UGCGUGUCGAACUAACGUACGUGUACCAAAUGGCCUCUAUGCUCUAAUUCAAUAUAUUAUGAUUGUAACUUUAGCUUAAUCUGUAUCGUGACAUAUUCUUCAGCUUACAAUAAUUACAUCAUUACUAUUACAGGCAGUAUGGUCUCAAAUGUUCUCGUUCACAGAAAUCCUAAAGACCCUGUCUCCAAAGUGGAGAAGAGCGACAAGGCUGCUUCCAAUUCUUCUCUAGGAUCAGAUCCACUGGAGCGUGUAAAGCAGAUGGAUGCCAGCAUGCAGGGCUCAGUCUACAGUGACAGUGGUAUUUCCUGCACUUCCUCAUCACGACACCCCAAACCGCCGCGCGGGGAGGACGAGCUGAAGCACAUCAACAGGAUGUACGACGCGUACGAAACAGGCAGUGUGAGGUCCCACAACACUUCUAGGUCGAACUCCACUUACAGAUCUGCAGGCGAUAUUUCUGCGUCUGUUUCAACCUUCAAGCCGUUCCUGUUCACAGCAAGCAAGGACAUCAGCAAUAUUGGGAGUGAAGACUCAACUCCAUUCGAGAAGUUUGUAGAAGUGUUGAUUACUACGAUGGCACCCCAGAAUAAAGGAAAGCAGCCUGUAUCCCCCGGCUACCAAGACGACACUCAUCUCUGGGCCAUCUUCUCCUCCUCGAGACUCAAUCUAAAAAUACCUCCCGAUCAGGUACGUACAAUGAGGGACUGGUUCUACGCGUCCGAACACGAGUCCAAGGACCUGACUGUGGAGUUUAUAAACAGCGUCCGGGAUCUGAUAACACAUCUCAGCAGAGAGAGACCUCUCUACGGUCCUUCCUGGAUAGCCAUCAUGGACCACAACUCUAGGGAACUGUUCUUUAACCGUGUUACUGGUGAAGCUAGGUAUGGAGUCCCGAAAGAUUUUCCCACUCUGAGCGAGAUGGACGUAUUUGGACGGACAAUUCACGAGAUGUUCUACAGUGUAACAACAAAGGGUAUCAACCACAUUACCAUCCCACAGUUUGAUGAUAUUUGUAACAGCAAGAAGUACAAUUUCGACCUGAAACAAGAGGAGAAAUCUAAACUGAUGCGCUCCAUUGUCAAGACCUUAAACGAGGAGGAAGUCAUCUUCUACGAAGAUUUUGUACCAGUCGGAAGAGCUCUCUUGUUAAAGUGGUACCGACAGCAAUAUCCAAAAGGGGGCGACUGGUUGAAGUUGAGUAGCAAGAGGUACGGUUUCUUCUACCUCAAUAAAAUGACUGGCGAGACGACGUUCCGACCUGCUCAAUACGAGAGGGAGCAGUUGUCUUUGUAUCUACAAGACACACUAAAAGAGGUGGAAACACUGAAAGAGACAAUAAAGUUCCAAGAGGAAGAGACCAGCUCUGCUACUAAACAGCUGAACAAUGUUACCAAGGAGUGUGAGGAACAGGGCGAGGAAGUCUCCAGUUUAAAGUCGAAAAUUAUAGAACUGGAAGAUGAAUUGAAGAGCGAAAAAAAUGGAUAUGAGCAAUUAUUAGAAAAGUAUGACAGCACUGCCAAAGCCUUGGAAGAAAGUAGAAGUGAAGUAGACACCUGGAUGAGCGCUAACUCUGUGCUACAAGCCUUAAAGACUAAAGUAGAGGAGGCGUUAGAAGAGAAAGUGAAAGAGAUUCUAGCCUAUGAGCAUAUGGUAGAGGAACUGAACGGUGAUGUAGAGGUCUUGAAGGACGAUAUUGCUAAAGCUAACGCUUUUGCCAACGCCAAGGAUUCUGAGCUAGCUGGGCUCCUGUUUGACUACGAGGAGGAGAAGAAGGCUCACGGGGAAACAGGAGAAAAGUUUAAGGAUGCGGAAGAGGCGCUGAGUUCCCAGAUCAGAGAACUGGAAAUGAAGCUUUCUGUUGGAUCUGAGAGCAACAAGUCCUUAUCAUCUACUACCGAGCAGCUCCAGCUCAGCAUCGAACAAAUUCUUGUCAUCAAAAAGAACCUGGAGGGUAAAGUCAAGGAAAUAGAGAAAGAUAUAGCUGAGGAAAAAGAAAAGAAUAAAGAACUGACCGAGGCUAACCAGACGCAUGAAAAACGCAAUGCUAUGAUGGACUCUGAUCUUAAGACCUUUAAAGAACAACAUCUAACUGCUAAAAACAAGGAGAUGAACGAAGCUCUGACAGUGAUAGAGAGUUUGAAGUGUCAGCUGGAGUUACAGAGAGAAGAGGUGAAGACUCUGAAGAUCAAACACUCCAGUAAAACUCAAGUCUUCGCUCAACAGUCCGAGGACGUAUACAAGCUAAAAGAGGAGUUAUCAGUGCUCGAAGAGAGAGAUAACAAACACGCUGAUGUGCUCAAGGAAGCUGUUCUCAGGGCCGGUAAACUACUCCGCAAGGCACAUGCUAGGGACAAUCAACCCGUACAUCUUAAAAGGGUUACCAGCUGUCCUGACCUAGACGUUCCCUUCCCUUCUGGUCCUAAGAUAGAGCCCACCCAGAAGAGGAAGGUGAAGCAAUGUUGGGGUAAUAACCCUCCCUCCUGCCCCUCCUCUCCCACCAAACCAACCCCUCCUCCAACUAACGUGUGUCAGGUGUACACGGACUACGGGGACAUAACUCUCUGUACCAGGGAGCGAGAGAAGGUCCUGAUAAUGAAGGACCACGAGAAGGUGGCAGUAAAGUCUCUACGGGCCCCUCGUGAUGAGAGCUACCUCCACCACACGCGCCCCUUCAGCCCCACUUGCACGUGCGAGCCUUGUCGACGUCUUACCGGAGGGACGGACACCAGCCGGCCUCAAUCUGCCCGCAGUCUUACCCUCAGCUCUGAUAAAAACACGGACACAGAAGACAGCUCCUUGCAGAUCAAGGUAGGAGACAGGGUCCGAUGUAGAUCAGCUCGUCCGGGAUACAAUGAGUCCCGAGUGGUGGAGGGUAUUGUUGAGUUUAUUGGAAAGAGACGGGGUUAUGGAAAGGGCCUCUUCGUCGGGGUCAACCUGGGAGUACCUCUGGGUGACAACAAUGGAUGUAUAGACGGUGAGAGGUUGUUCAGAUGUGCACCUAAACACGGAGUUAUUGUUCCUGUACACAAUGUCCUCGCUUAUUUCUCUCUCAAGAGUCAGUCGUUUGUGCCGCUGAUCCUAUCCGGGGUACAGGGAAGUAAGAAGAGAGGAACAGUGCGGUCCAAAAGACGCCCAAAAUCAGCAAACAACACUCUAACCGCACACAACAACAACAAGAACCUGACUUUUAGCACUAUUAGUGUGGAUGAGCGCUUUGUCAGAUCUCCUUAUCUCCAGAGCCUGAUCGCAGUUGACCCCUACUCGCCAGACUUCAAAGCAGGCUACAUCUCCAAACCACGGAUAUCCCGUCCCAUCCCCCGCCAGAAGGCCAAGACUGUCAAGGUCUACUACAACUAGUCCUACUGAACCAUGGACUUUUCAACAGGAUUAUCUAUUUGCUUUAAAAUGGAGCUUGAGAAAAAUUUAAUUAGAAAGCGCUGACGUGCGAGGAAGCCUGUUUGUUUGACUCAAGGCUUUAACCUAAACUUUUAACCGAUGAGCUUGGAAACCCUUCAACUGAACGGCAACGCAAUUAAUAAUAGCUUAUCCGAACCUUUGAACGUCGGACGGUUAAAAGCGGAUUCCAUCUGUUUUAUUUUCACAUGUUUACUGAAAAAAACUAGAUAUUGCUCACACGGCGGAGAUAUGAGAAUAUGGAGACUGUUGAAAGCUGUGUGCUGUUAAAACUGUGUUCACGACAGUUCGUCAAGGUAUUUUCUACCUGUAGUGUCUCCAGUUCUGGCGUGUUAUCCCUCGAUCCACCAUUCUUUUUUCUUUACAGUUAGAUUUUCUGUGGAGCGGGCUAGUAUGACGUCUUCUGCGUUUUCCCUGUUGUGAAUAUAUUCAUUUCCCGGAAACAUACUUAGCAUAACUUUAACCUGACACUUUUGACUGAGUUGUAGAGAUUCUGUUAGAAACGCACGUGGCUUGUCAGCACUCAGCGGAGCGAGCUUCCGCAUCGCGCAGCUAUAUAAUAAAUAGCAGCGCGAUAUAGUAUUAGUAGCAUUACCCAACCAUGUCAGAUAGACUUUGUUCGACAGUUGUACGUGUGCAGUCCUGAUGUUUUGUUUUUCCGACUUUGAUUUGAUUUGAAACUUUUCCAAGUACAUGGAGAUACGCAGUAGUGAUACACGUUUUAAACAGAAUUAUUAACUUUUUGUAUCAGUAUAUUAGACUAUUAGAGGUAGACAAUAUGUAUUUUUGUAUGCUAUAUCGCAUGUUCUCGUCGCUGUUUUGUGUUUGUGUUUAUUGUAAAUAAAAAUCAGAUAUUUAUUUUGAAUACGUUUGAA